GCUCUGCUGCAGUAUCCUCGGUCCAUAUUCGAAUUCAGAAGAAGCUUCCCAGAAAUGUUGUUUUUUUUUUUGACAAGUGGGAAUCUUUAUUGCACUUUAAUUAGUCAGUUACAAAGAGGGAGACAGAAACCAACAUUCUGGUUCCAACAAGAGGAAACCCCAAGGAACACAGUUACAAACAAACUAUGUUGAGCAAAUGCAGCAAACAAGAGCGAAACACAGCCUGAAAGCAGCCGUCCAAGAGAGCAAAACCCUCGAAAAUGAAAACAGCUCAUCGGAAACCCUCUUGCACCCAACCAUUCAAAGUACAACAAGAUCAAAAACAGCUUGUCCGAUCAAAUCAAACUCCAUGGCAAGUGAUCAUCAUCAAACCAUUUGCCGCCUCCCGGAGAUAACUCAAUGGCAUCCAACACAGUGAAUCCUAAAAAUAAGAUUGCAUGGCGGUGGAGGAGGAAAAGAAACGGAUGCUCCAAGCUGAAAAGGCAGAGGAAGUUGAGGGAGCGAGAUCAGAAUCGCAGCAGAGGAGAAGAUCCCACGGGAGCCACACAUCUCUACGGAGAAAACCGAUUCCCAGCCGCAACCACCGGGGAAGACCCAACCCUCCACGCUCCGACGGCUCACCGAGUAACACAAACUCACAGGGGAGGUCAGAGGGUGAGAGCCGAGAAUGGCUUCACCAAAAGGUGAGACCACCAACCUGAGAAACAACACCCCCAUCCAGAUCUGGAAGAUGCACCCAAGCUGCUAACUCCGGCUCCAACAUUGAGCAAGCCCAGGACAGAACCCAAGACCCGAAAGAAGAGCAGUAGCUCAACUGGAAAGGGGAAAAUCAGAAGGCCACAACGGCAAGGAAAAACAGAACUGAAAUCCGAAUGAAAAAAAACCAGAGCAAAGCAACAAAAACCCAGAACAUGGAAGGAUUUGGGCCACCGCCGGUCUCCAAGAGGGAGCCGGCGGCAGCCCCUGAAGUCUGAAAUGGAAGCUUGGAAGAAGAGAGAAGGCAGAGCAAAAUUCAAACUAAAAGUAAUGAAAUGUUGUUUGUUGG